AUGGAGAAGAGUUUUAGUAAAAGUUUGAGAGACCACCAAAGUGUCACCAAUAAAGCCAUCAAUGGCGACAAGCUCAAGGAUUCUUCAUGGAACUGUAAUAAGAAUCUAUGUGGGUUUCCAUGGCAGCCGAGAUCUUACACUUGUAGUUUCUGCAAGAGGGAAUUUAGGUCGGCUCAAGCUUUGGGUGGCCACAUGAAUGUUCAUAGGAGAGAAAGAGCUAGGUUAUUGAGAUACUCACCUCCUUCUUUUCUCAACGUUAACUCUAACCCUAACCCUAAUUUCUCAUAUUCUUCUCCAUCUUCACCAUCUUAUGGUUUCCCUUGUGAAAUGAAGAAAUGGGGUGGCGACGGUAGCUUCACCGGUCCUCUGAGUUCGAGGGGCUCGGAUUCGACAUACAUGAAGGGUGCAAAAUCAUGUUUUGGAGUCAAACAAUCCAACGAUGAUGGUUGCAGUGAUAAGUUGACGAAGAAUUCAAAGUUGAAGAUGAAGAUGAUGAAUGAGAUUGUAAUUAGUGAUUCCGAUGAAGAUUUGGAUUUGGAACUUCGAUUGGGAUGCUCUUAA